GGCGGCGGCGACGGCGGCGGGAGGUUCGUUUGUCGCCCGUUGGCCGCGCGGCGCCGCGCUCGGCGGCCGCCAUUGCAGCUUAUUUUCAGUUACUUUGUAAAGACGGAAGGCUCAUGGUACAAAUUAUUGUCUCCAGUGCUGGGGCUGGAGGCCUGUCAGAAUGGGUGCUGAUGGAGCUACAGGGGGAGAUCGAGGCUCGCUACAGCACUGGAUUAGCUGGAAACCUCCUGGGAGACCUACAUUACACCACUGAGGGAAUUCCUGUGCUGAUCGUGGGUCAUCACAUCCUGUAUGGGAAAAUCAUCCACCUGGAGAAACCUUUUGCGGUCCUUGUCAAACACACUUCUCCGGAGCAGGACUGUGAUGAGCGUGGCUGUAAGACUGGCACCCGGUACCUGGUGACAGCACUCAUCAAAAACAAGAUUCUUUUCAAAACUCGCCCCAAGCCCAUCAUCACCAACGUACCCAAGAAAGUAUGA